AAAACUUGAAAAUACUGGAAGACCUAGUGAUAUUUUAAACUCAGUUCAUUUUUAUAUCGCCUCGAGUCAAAAUGAAAAAAAAAAAAAAGUUUUCUAUUAAAUUGUUUCAACAGGUUUUCUUAAUUUCAACACCAUGUCUGAUUUGAAGGAACAAAAGCCAGCAUCACCUGCUGCUUCCACUCCUGAGCUUGAUGCUGCUGCUGCUGCUAAAAAGGCUGCUAAGGAAGCUAAGAAUGAAGAAAAGCGUCUUGCAAAGAUGGCAAAAUUCGCAGCUAAACAAGCCAAGCUUCAAGAAGCAAAGAAAGCAGCUGGAGCUAAUGCUGAAAAGAAAAAGAAGAAGGAAGCUAAGGAAUCUGCUCCUGUUUUUGUCAACAAAACUCCAAAGGGUGAAAAGAAGGACAUGUCUGAACCUAUGGCUUCUGCUUAUGAUCCUCGCGCUGUUGAAAGUGCUUGGUAUGAUUGGUGGGUUAAGGAAGGUUACUUUAAACCUGAAUUUGGCCCUGACGGUAACCCUAAGCCUGAAGGUACUUUUGUUAUCCCUGCUCCUCCACCAAACGUUACUGGUUCUCUUCACAUUGGUCAUGCCUUGACUGUUUCAAUCCAAGAUGCCUUAAUUCGUUGGAACCGUAUGUUGGGUAAGACUGUUUUAUUCCAAGUUGGUACCGAUCAUGCCGGUAUCUCUUGUCAAUCUGUUGUGGAAAAGAUGUUGUGGAAGGAAAAGAAGGUCACUCGUCAUGAUCUCGGUCGUGAAAAGUUCAUUGAACAAGUUUUUGCUUGGAAAGAAAAGUAUGGUAACAGAAUCCAUACUCAAUUUGAACGUCUUGGUGCUUCUUUUGAUUGGGAUAGAGCCACUUUCACAAUGGAUCCUGGACCAUCUGCUGCUGUUUGCGAAAAUUUCAUUCGUCUUCACCGUGAUGGCAUUAUUUAUCGUGCUAAUCGUCUUGUCAACUGGUGUGUUCAACUUAACACCACAUUAUCCAACUUGGAAGUUGAAAAUAAGGAAAUUCCUGGUCGUACUUUAAUGAAUGUUGUUGGUUAUGAUGAAAAAGAAAAGUUUGAAUUUGGUGUUCUUAAUGAAUUCGCUUAUGAAGUUGAAGGCACUGGCGAACGCAUUAUUGUUGCUACCACUCGUAUUGAAACUAUGUUAGGUGAUACUGCUGUUGCUGUCCAUCCUGAUGAUAAGCGUUAUACUCACCUUCACGGUAAAUAUGUCAUCCAUCCCUUUAUCAACCGUCGUAUUCCAAUUGUUACUGAUUCAAUCGCUGUUGAUAUGGAAUUCGGUACUGGUGCUGUCAAGAUUACUCCUGCUCAUGAUUACAACGAUUAUGAAGUCGGUAAGCGCCACAACUUGGAAUUCAUUAAUCUUUUAAAUGAUGAUGGUACCUAUAAUGAAAAUGCUGGUCCUUAUAAGGGUAUGAAGCGUUUCCAUGUUCGUAACAAGAUUAUUGAAGAUUUGAAGGCCAAGGGCUUGUUUAUUGGUGUUAAGGAAAAUCCUAUGACUGUUCCUAUCUGCAGUAAGUCUGGUGAUAUUAUUGAACCUUUAAUGAAGCCUCAAUGGUGGGUUAAGUGUAAGGGUAUGGCUGAAAAGGCAAUGCAAGCUGUUACGGAUGGUAAGCUCAAGAUUGCUCCUAAGGUCUCUGAAGGUGAUUGGUUCCGUUGGUUGAGUAAUAUUAAUGAUUGGUGUAUUUCUCGUCAAUUGUGGUGGGGUCACCGUAUCCCAGCUUACUUUGUCAAGAUUGAAGGUGAAAAACAAGAUCAAAUGGAUGAUGACUUGUGGGUGACUGGUAGAAAUGAAGAGGAAGCUCGUGAAGCAGCUGAAAAGAAAUUCCCUGGUAAGAAAUUCAGUCUUGAACAAGAUCCUGAUGUCUUGGAUACCUGGUUCUCUUCUGGUUUAUGGCCCUUCUCUACUCAGGGAUGGCCUGAAGAGACUGAGAACAUGAAACAUUUCUAUCCUGCCAGUCUUUUGGAAACUGGUUGGGAUAUUCUUUUCUUCUGGGUUGCACGUAUGGUGAUGCUUGGUAUUCAAUUGACCGGUAAGGUCCCCUUCUCUGAAGUCCUUUGUCAUGCUAUGAUCCGUGAUGCUCAUGGUCGUAAGAUGUCCAAGUCUCUUGGUAAUGUAAUUGACCCUGUUGAUGUUAUCGAAGGUAUUUCUCUUCAAGGUCUUCAUGCUAAGCUUUACGAAGGUAAUCUUGAUCCCAGAGAAAUCAAGAAGGCUGAAGCGGGUCAAAAGGCAGAUUUCCCUAAGGGUAUUCCUCAAUGUGGUACUGAUGCUCUUCGUUUUGCACUCUGUGCUUAUACAACAGGUGGACGUGAUAUCAAUCUUGAUAUCCUUCGUGUUGAAGGUUAUCGUAAGUUCUGUAACAAAUUAUGGAAUGCUACACGUUUUGCUUUGAUGAAAUUGGGAGAAAACUUUAAGCCCUUUGAAUCUGCUGAACCCACUGGUCAUGAAUCGUUGGCUGAUAAAUGGAUUCUUACCAAGCUCAACAAAUGUGCUAUUGAUGUCAAUAAAUACCUUGAGGAGCGUAACUUUAUGAUGGCUACAAAUGCUGUUUAUCAAUUCUGGCUUUAUGAGCUCUGUGAUGUCUAUAUCGAAGUUGUUAAGCCUAUCUGUGAUUCUGACACAACUCAAGAUGAAGCUGCCACCACACGCAAGAUCACAGCUCAAAACACAUUGUAUACUUGUCUUGAAGCUGGUCUUAAACUUAUGCAUCCCUUCAUGCCAUUUGUUACAGAAGAAUUAUUCCAACGUCUUCCUCGUCGUCCCAACCAUGACGAAAGUACGAUUGUUAAGGCCAAAUUCCCUAUUGAAAACAAGGCUUAUGAAUUCUUUGAAGCCGAAAAACAAUUCGAUUUUGUCUUUGAAGCUGUUAAAUCUAUUCGUUCCCUUGCUACACAAUUGAAUCAAAAGAAGAAUAUUGUUUCCUUUAUUCAAACCAAGAAUGAGGUUCUUUCUAAACUUUUUGAAUCUGAAAAGGAAGUUAUCACUGCCUUGGCUAAGGGUCUUUGUGAAUUAACUAUUUUAGAAGGUAGUGCUGAAGCACCUACUGAUUGUGAAUCCACUACUGCUUUUGAGGAUGUUACUGUUUACGUUCGCAAGUAAUCUUAUCUCCUUUUUUUUUCAUUUUCUUCAUACAUAAUAAAAAUAGAAUAAAAAUAUCUUUAUCUAUUU